CCAACCGACAAGCUGAAAUUGAAUGAAGUUCCAAUUUUAGCUGUCAAGUUGAGUAGGCCUACAUUCGUUUUACGGGAUAUUACUGGGUUCCCCUGAAAAUGAAGACUACAUGGAUCCCCUGCUGCCUGAGUCUAUUGUUCUUCAAGGCAGGCAGUGCUUCACCUUUGGAAAAAAGGCCCAAUUUUGUUUUGAUGAUGGUUGAUGAUCUGGGUAUAGGAGACUUAGGGUGCUAUGGCAACACUACCCUGAGGACCCCCAACAUUGACAAGCUGGCUCAGGAGGGAGUGAAGUUGACACAGCACAUUGCCGCAGCACCUCUGUGUACACCCAGCAGGGCGGCUUUCCUCACAGGGCGAUACCCAAUAAGAUCAGGCAUGGUGGGACAAGGCAGGCUAGGAGUAUAUGUGAUCUCCGCAGCAUCCGGGGGCCUUCCUAAUCAAGAGGUCACGUUUGCCAAGAUUGCCAAACAGCAAGGUUAUAAGACUGCACUGAUAGGAAAAUGGCACCUGGGGCUUAACUGUGAGUGGAGCAAUGAUCACUGUCACCACCCCAGCGUUCACGGAUUUGACCACUUCUACGGCAUCACCAUGACCAACCUGCGUGACUGCCAGACGGGUCACGGCACAGUGUUCGUAAACGUCCUGGCACACAUCCCCUACAGGGCCCUGGGGGUGGGGGUGGCCACCGUGGCCUUGCUGCACGUCAGGGGCGUGGUCCCCAUCACAAGGAGGCUGGCCCUGUGCCUGGCAGCUCUUGUGGGCGUGGCUGCAGCAUCCUUUACUAUGUUUGUCCUCACGUUUCCCAGCUUGAACUGUUUCCUCAUGAGGAACCAAGACAUUGUUGAACAGCCUUAUGUCUCUGAGAACCUGACUCAAAGAAUGACACGCGAGGCUGUGGAGUUUCUUGAAAGAAACUCAGAGAGACCAUUCCUGCUCUUCCUGUCCUUCAUUCAAGUGCACACUGCUCUGUUUGCCUCGCCCGGCUUUCAAGGCACCAGCCAGCACGGUCUCUAUGGUGACGCUGUCCAUGAGGUUGACUGGAGUGUAGGUCAGAUCAUGCAGACCCUGAACAGGUUGAGUCUGAGUGAAAACACACUGCUCUACCUGACCUCAGACCAGGGGGCCCACCUGGAAGAGAUCUCUGUCAGGGGGGAAGUGCACCGGGGCUGGAAUGGCAUCUACAAAGCAGGGAAAUCCACCAAUUGGGAGGGAGGUAUUAGAGUCCCAGGUGUGCUGCGUUGGAGCGGUACGUUACCCGCCGGGAAGCUGAUCGACGAGCCGACCAGCAACAUGGAUAUUUUUCCCACUGUGGUGAAGCUAGCUGGAGCGAGCACACCAGGGGAUAGAAUAAUAGAUGGUCACGACCUCCUUCCCUUGCUGCAGGGGAGAGUCAAAAGGUCAAGCCAUGAGUUUCUCUUCCAUUACUGUAAUGCCUACCUGAAUGCUGUGAGGUGGUGCCCUCCUGACAGCCAUUCAGUCUGGAAGGCUUUCUUCUUCACUCCUAAUUUCUACCCCGAAAACGGGACCGGCUGCUUCCACACACACGCCUGCUUCUGCACUCCAGAGUACGUGACGUACCACGACCCCCCCUUGCUCUUUGACCUGUCCAGGGACCCUUCAGAGACCACGCCCCUGACGGCAGACUCUGAGCCCGCCUUCCACGCCGUGCUGGAGGAGAUCCGGGUGGCGGUGGAGCGCCACACGGGCUCCGUGGUGCCCGUCCUCUCCCAGAUGACCCCAGGGAAGCUGGUGUGGAAACCCUGGCUCCAGCCCUGCUGCUCCUCCCUGGCCCAGCUCUGCAGGUGUGAGAGGGACAGUCAGCGCAGCAUAUCGACCCCUCCACAGGAGCAGCCCACCAGUUAACACGUCUACUGGUCGGUGGGUUGGGGGGGGCGGAAAAGGCAUUUCAUGUCGCACUUUUCCUCUUUGACCUUGUGGAAGAACUAUUUUGCCAGGCUUUCACUGGUGCAGUAAAGUGUGUUGCAGCCAAAUUGACUCUUUAUCGCUCUGGAUAAAAGCGUCUGCUAAAUGACUAAAUGUUAUUGGUUAUUUUCAGCCUGCCAGGAAACCGUCAUAUCAAAUAUGUGUUUAUAUUUGUAAAAUUGUGAAAAAUAAUAAUUCUAAAACAAAUGGUAUGUUUGAACCUUAUGCUGUGACUGAGGGGAAUAUCUACCCUUGAUCAAAACGAUUCUAAGGACAAUGUGGCAGCCUAUAUGUUAAGGUUUAAUCUCAAAUAUGGACAGCAUUGCUACCACUAUCCACCAACAUUUUGAUUCAUGUAGCACUCUAUAUGCUACUCACGAUUUCUUGGCUCCUGCUAUUGAUUCAUCCUAUCAUAACCACUAUUACUAACCAUAUUACAGUAGUAAUGAGGUAUGAUUGAUAUCCGCAGAUCAUGUACAAAUCAAAUUUGCAACAGCAAGGUGCGCCACAGCCGGGCUGUAAUCGUGGUGGCUGAUCAGUAUUGGACUUGCAGCUGGGUUGGCGCUGAUAGAAGCCAGCUGUUUAUCUCGUCUCUGACCCGGCUUUGGCUGCUGGUCCGUCACAAACAGCCGGACACCAGAGGAACGCGGCCCAAAGCAUUACAAACCUACAUGUGUGCCCCCGAGAUAUCCAGCCGGCAAACACAGAGCCGUGUCGGUCAGUUUGAGGUUUUGCAACUCUUACUUCUGGAGAGCCGUGCAGUAUACUCACCCCCAAAAACAGAGAAAUCCAUCGAUGUAGACUUCAUCAAUCAGUGUAUCAGUGUUAAUUUGCAAAACAAAACCAAAAUCUGUGUUUAAUUGUGUGCAGAUGUGUUUUUCUAGUGUUAGAGUCAGCUGGAGGAUAAUUACCAGAACAAAUUAUAAGGGAAGUUAGGAUGUUUUCAAAAAGACGCACUGAUGUUUAGAGUUGUAUAGACUGAAUGUUCCCCGGAGAGGAGCCGAAACAAUGAAAAACCUUGAGACAGGAAAUCUCUGCCCCCAGGGGUAAAGUAUACAAUAGGAGUGGGCUAAAAUGAGCCUCAUUAUUAGAAACUGUGGAUAAGCUUCAUAUCAGGAGGCUACAACCUGAGUAAUACCAAUUGGAAGAUUAUGGUACUGUAAAGGUUCAGGUUAUUUUUUAAGUAGUGGGUUAGAAAAACGCAGACUAUUACUUCCAUUUGUGUCUGCAUGCAUGCAGAAAAGGGGGAUGACCUUUGGACUGGUUUGGUUUCUGUCUACAUGAGUUCCUGUAGUAACGAUGUAUGUCAGAGGGCAGACAUCCUCACACAGGAAAUAUACUUUUGUGUAUAAUUUGUGUCAGACAAUAAAUCUGGUGUUUCACUGGUAUCGGUCCACACACUUAUGAAUCAGAAGUGAGAUCUACAUCUUAAGUAUGCCUUCUCUCAUGUCAUCAGUUGGGUGUGUAGUUGCGCUUCUCUCCAUCAUUAUUGGCUCAAUUGGAUCCCAGAUUUCCGUAAAGCAGUAUCCUCAGAAGAUCCGGACUGUCCCUGGGGGAAAUGUAGCUCUUGUGUGCGAGUUCAACUACCAGAAAAAUGAUCCAAAUACAGUGCACGUCUCAUGGCACCGGAGGAAGUCAAAUGGCUCCUCGGGUACAGAGAAACUCGUGCAGAGUUCAAACAUCCAUUUCUAUGGUAACACUUCAAAGGGGUACUCCAUCCUUGUCCUGGAGGACCUCCAGUUCCAUGACGGCGUUAUGUACUUGUGUGAAGUGCUAGUGAUUUUCCCACCGCCAGAACGAGCCCGGGGAAAUGGAACUCUGUUGGAAAUUGAUGUGUCAAGUCACCAGAACUACACAGAACAACCGGUGGCUACACAACACUCAAUCAACUGGUGGAACAUCUGUGUUGCUGCUUUAUUGGGUAGCUGUAGUAUAGCUCUAAUGGCUUCUAUAACUAUUCUAGUUGGAAAAUGCAAAACCAGCAAAAAGAGGUUUAGCGUUGCCUCAGGUGAUGCUGCCCCUCAGGAAUAUGAAGAUAUGAACACGUUGAGAGG